UCAAUUAACUUAUUAUAAGAUCAUAUUAUUAAGAUGAUUUAUAAGUAAAUGAAUAUUAUACAUUAGAAUAAGCCUAUUAACAUAAGCUUCAGUAUUAAAUGGCUAAGCUAAUUUACAAAGUACAUAAAUGGGCCUUGCCUUUAAACUAAACCCAUCUGGAAGUCUAACUAUUUCUUCUUCUUUAUCCGGGAAACACGAUGUUACCUAACCAUUCAUCUUCCCCUCGGUGUCUCUUUUAUUUUUUUGUGUCGGUGAGGCAGAGAUGUAUUUCUUCAUCUCAAUUCAUCAACCUUAAACAAUCUCCUAAUCUCAAUCGAAGACUCACCUAACGAAACGAAAAAGAUUGUCCCGUAAGUGGAUCCAUGUGAUCUCUCAACGUAAUUCAAAUCGUCAAGGAUAAUCGAUGAUUGACUUUUUAGAAGUUCUGGCGAAGAUGAAUGACUUGAUUGCAGAAGCUCUGUUUAAAUGCUAGAACACCCAAGUAUCGUGAUCUGAGGAAUCACAGAAUCUACACUGCAAGAAAUGACUUAUUUAGAGGUAUCGACAAACUGCUCUUACUGGAGUAAGAGAGGAAGAGUAGCCAGAAGUGAUCUAUACAAAAAAGCAAGACGGAAGGGAGAAGUACAAAAAUAUGAGAAUCAGUUCUACAAAAGUCAAAGUGAAGGGACAAAAAAAACAUGACCUUUUAAUGUUUUGCAUGAUACUGGAUCGUUCUGAGAACCAAGUACUUCCAGCUAUCCACCUGCAAAUGAAGACAACAACCUUGCGAACAAUAGAAACAUAACACGGUUAUUGGUUAUAGACUACGUCAAUUUUGCAACAUGCCCAACAAUAUUGAUAGGACACUCAACCAUUUUAUUGGUAUUCUUAAAGUAUGGUCCAGUAAUUAUGUAUGUUAAAUAAGUCCAAAAUAUUUUUUUUGCAUUUAUUUUAUUUUGCUUUAUAUUACUAGAAGAAAGUAAGUCCGGGUAAAAAUUUGGAUCUGAAGAACCAAACCGAACUUGAUUUGAAAGUACUACUAAACAUAAAUAAAAAUUGAUUAAGCACUCAGAUGGAUCUAAAACUUUUAAUAUCCAAGUAACCAGACCCGAAUCCGAUCCAAACUGAAAUAUUUUGGAUACCAAAAUCUUAAAAUCACAAUUAUAUACUUAAAUAUAUUAUUUAUUACUAAUUAUAUGUAUAUUAUAUAUUCAAAAAUAUGAAAAUAUCUAAACGUUAUCAAAGUAGUCAUAAGUAAAUAUCUAAAAAUAAUAAAAAAUUGUUCAAAAUUACUGAAAAUACUAUUUGUUCUCCAUCCAAAUAUAUAAAUUGAAUUAUUUUCUUAUGUAAAUUUUGGUAUUUAGUCUUACACUAUUCAAAUUUUUAUGUUUUACUUUAUAUUUAUUUCGGAUUUUGAGGACUUAAGUAUAUUUUGAUAUUUGUUAAAAAAAAUACAUAAUUAAAAUGGGUAUCCGAACUCGAAUCCAAACUGAAUCGACAUUGAUUCGUACAAAAUCCAAACCAAAUUCAAACCAAAAUUUGUAAAUAUCCAAAUCAGACGACCCAAAAUUCAGAGUUUUCGACUCAAACGCUAACAGUUUGAUAGGGAGACUUUUAAACCCGGAGUGCCAACCAAUGGCAAAGAUGAUCAACUACAUGCCAACGGCAUGGAGACUGUAUGGUAGGUAGAGAGGAAUAAACCUAUCUAGGGACAGAUUCCAGUUCAUAUUCCAACGUGAAGAAAAUCUGUUAACUGUGUUGAAGUACCGGCCAUGGUCUUACAACCACUGGAUGAUGCUUCUCGAAAGAUGGACUCCUAAUCCGCGAACUUCUUUCCUUACGACAUUGGAUGUUGGAUCAGAAUCAGGAACAUACCUGUGAACUAAAUCACAUCAGAGACAAUGUACACCCUUGCCAGGAAAAUAGGCCCGGUGGAGGAACUGGCUUAUGAUCCGAAAGUGUCGCAAACAACAGAUUACAUAGCCAAGAUAUGCUUCAAUGUGGAGAAGCCAGCUGUUGAGGCUAAGAACCUAAUAAUAUCUCAAGAGGAGGUGGUUGUUAUCAGAUAUUAGUACAAGAAGAUCCACAGAAUAUGCUUCUCCUGUAUGCGUCUUACACACGUAAAAACUUGGUGUCCUUACAUGAGAAUGAUCCAGCAUAACAGAGGUGAAUCAUCAAAGGAGGGAAAUGCACGGAUUAUACCACAAAACCCGACAAGGAUGGCAGCUAUAGAAGCGUCCCCAAGAUUUCUAACAAUGUUCCCCGAGCUCUCUAGAGAAGAUAGGCAAGCAGCCAUGCAGUACAUAUCGCAUGCUGAUGAGACCGAGAGAAGAGCCAGGAUAUUGCGUGUCCAACAAUCUAUUGAAAAUGCAACUACUGAAGAUAAUGGUCUGCCGAUCAGAAUAUCACAUGACCUACACAAAGAUAAAGGCUUGGUGCUUGGUUAUGAGCAUCAUGAAGAUAGCUCUAGCGAGAGUAAUGUCCAUUGCACAAAACAUGUUGUGUCUGCGCCUGCAGCCUCUCGUCGAAGAGAUGAAAGAGCUGAGCAGCUUGAGGUUCAGAGUGUUACAUCAUCCUUCCAAAUUAAGGGUUCGACGGUUUUCAGAUUAGGGAACAAUACUCCAUUUGUAUUUAACGAUAACCCGAGAUCAAGAAGGAAUGAUCGGAAAAGACCACUGGCAUGGGUUCUAAGAGUGAGACCAAACAAAAGUGUACCUGCUAUUGACGCUGGAGAGCAGGUUUUUUCUCAACAUGGAGACGGGUCAGGAAAACGUAAAUCAGAGGAUAGUAGCAAGAGGAGUGCAGGGGAGAUCUCAGGAGAGGGAUCAAAGAAAACAAACACAAACAAAGAAUUUUGCUUGCUUCCAGUUUGAAACCGCUGCCAUCCCAAUGAGCAUACUGAGCUGGAACUGUCGAGGAGCUGGACGCACUGAGACAGUUCAACGUAUCCGGGAUUUUCGUCGUCAGAUUUCCCGGAUUUUAUGUUUCGUAUGAAGAGAAAGCAAAAGUUGUCUUAUAUGUAGGUUUUAAAGUUAAGUUUGUGUUACGAUAAUCUACAUACUGUUGAGCCUAUUGGGCGUUGUGGAGGCUUAGUGUUGAUGUGGAAAAGUAGUUAUGGAGUUGAUAUCCUUUACAGUGAUAAAAUGAUAAUUGAUCUGAAAGUCACAAUUGGUUCAUUGGUAUUUUUUUUUCUCUCAUGUGUCUAUGGGGACCCGGUGAGAGGUAGGAGCUGAGAAGUUUGGGACAAGUUCUCGGAUAUUAGGGUGCAUAGAGAUGGAGCUUGGGUGUUCGUGGGCGACUUUAAUGAACUGUCUAGAUUUUGACUCGCGCUUAGGAAGCACGGGUUUGCUUUUUAUCUAUUGAUCGAAAACUGAUUUACAAACUACCAUUAUUAUUGUUUCGAACCAUAACAAUUGAGUUUUUAAGUUUUUAUCAUUUGUUUUUUUUUUCUCUUCAAAAUAUGGUAUUUGUUUGAAAUAUGGUAGUUGUUCUAUAAUAAUUGUUUUCAUAUCCGACCUAGAUUCGUGGUUGAACCUAUAGACCUGAUACAUUGUACAUAAUCCGGUUCAAAUUUAUAGAAAAAAUUCGUUAAUUAAAAUCUGAUAGAACCCGGUAAAAACCCUAAAAACUCACUAUUACCCACGAUCUAAUACCAUUGAUUCGAUAAAAACGUAAAAUAUAUGAUAGUAUUUUAAAAAACAAAUAUUUAUUAAAUUACUCAUAUAUUUUUUUGUAUAACAUAAAUUUGUGAUUCUUUAGAAUAUUAUGAAAUUUUAUUAUGUUAUCUAAAUAAAAAAAAAUGAUAAUAAAAAAAAUCUUAUUGAUAUGAUAAUAUUAGUUUAUUUUCGUUAUUAAUAAUAACCUAUUAUAAGUUUGAAUUUCUAUUUUAGAUUUAAAAAUUUGUUUUAAGAUAAUUUUUAAAAUAUUCUUAAACGCUCGUAAUUUCUAUAUCAAUAUUAUGUACAAAUAACAUUAUACACGGAAAAAUGAUAUUCAAGAUAUAUGGUGUAGGAUAUAGAGUUUUGGUUUGUAUUGAAAAUCUGCAUAAUAUUCGAAUUAUCUAUUUUGAAUAUUGAUACAUAGAUUUAUGAAAAUAAUAGUGUUUGUUAAUUAUAAUAUAUUUAUACUUAGAAUAUUUAUAUUAUUUAAAGUUAGCAUAUCGUUUAUAUAUAUAGACCUAUUAUUUAUAAAUCAAUUUAGGUGUAGCUGUAAGACCAAAACAAAAAACUUAAAUGCCAUUAAUGAAUUUUAUUAAUUCCUUGUAAAAAUAAGGGUAUUUUUGAGAAAAUUGUAAUUUUUAUUAAGGGUAUAAUUUGGGAAUGAUCAUCUUUUAAUCGUAUUGAUGCACAAUGAUGAGAAGUUAGGUGGUGUAACAAGGGAAGAACCCACUUUUUGGGACUUCCUAAAUAUGGCUGAAGCUUGUAAAAUCAAGGAGAUGAGAUCCACGGGCAAUACCUUGUCAUGGUCUCGAAAGAGGGACCAUGUUUGGAUACAGUGUCGCCUGGAUUGUGGCAUUGGCAAUGAUGAAUGGCUCCGUCUCUUUCCUCAAUCAUCAACAGAAUAUAUGAGCACGUGGUCAUCAAAUCAUCGCCCUCUAAGAAUAGAGUUUGCUCUGGAACCAGAGAGCUUGAAGAGAGGACGUUUUUACUUUGACAAACGGAUGUAUGGAAAGAGAGGUGUAGAGGAAGCCAUAGUUCGGGGAUGGGAGGCUGAGAAUGACUCCCUGAAUCUAACGGUACUGGAGCGUAUUGCGCGUUGUAGGACAGAGCUAGCUAAACUCAAUAAGGCUAGUGACUGUAACUCCAAAACGCAGAUAGAGAGACUGCAGAAUGAACUCGAUGGAAAAGAUGUGAUCAUAGCGCAUGACAAUGUGAUAAUAGUGCAUGAGCUCGUGCAUGGUUUGAGAAAAAAUGACACGAUCGGACGUCAAAGUAUGGCUGUCAAAACGGACAUGCCUAAAGCAUACAACCGUGUUGAAUAGAAUUUCCUUGAGGUAUUACUUGAGAAGAUGGGAUUCGAUAGAAGAUGGAUCAGUUGGACGAUGUCUUGCAUAAGCAGUCUCUUUCUCUGUAUUUUGCUCAAUGGUAGAUCACAUGGUUUUAUCAAACCCGAGAGAGGGAUAAGGCAAGGGGACCCUCUAUCCUUUUUCUUAUUUAUAAUAUGCGCAUAAGCCCUUGUGCAUGUACUGAAUGUUUCUGAGCUAAAGGAAAACUUCAUGGCGUCAAACUUGCAGCGACAAGCCCUCCAGUUCAUCAUUUGUUGUUUGCAGACGACAGCCUGUUACUGUGUGAUGCUUCUGUCAUUGAGAGUGACGAAAUAACCAGAUGUUUGAAGCUAUAUGGAGACGCGUCAGGACAGCUUAUUAAUCAAACAAAGUCAUUGAUUAUCUUCGGGAGUAGAAUCGAAGAUCAAACUAAAGCUGACAUCAAACUGGCUUUGGGCAUAGAUAGAGAAGGUGGUGAAGGUACGUAUUUGGGACUACCGGAAUGUUUCCAGGGCUCCAAAAAAAACCUUCUCAACUUUAUAAAAGAAAAGCUUGAAGGUAGGCUCCAAGGAUGGUACUCAAAGACUAUCUCUAGGUGCAAAAGAGGUAUUGCUGAAAUCUGUUGCUUUGGCCUUUCCGGUGUAUGCUAUGUCGGUAUUUAAGCUCCGUAAAGACCUCUGUGCAAGGAUCACAAGUGCUAUUGUUGAUACUGGUGGAAUAGUGGAGGUAAAAAAACGGAAGAUCCCAUGGGUGGCAUGGCAAAAGUUGUGUAGACCUAAAGAGCAAAGAGGCUUGGCUUUCAUGAUAUUGGAAGAUUCAACCAAGCGCUCUUAGGUAAACAGGCAUGGAGAAUCUGGAGCAACCCUAACUCGCUAGUUUCAAGAGUACUCAAAGGGAAAUAUUUGAAAAGAGGGACUUUCUUAGACUGUGGUAAAGGCUCACGACCCUCCUUUGCUUGGAGGAACAUUAUGCAUGGUAGAGAGCUUCUAACACAAGGUCUGGUUACGAACAUAGGCAAUGGAACUAGCUCUAACGUGUGGGGUGAAAAAUGGAUCAUUGAUACAAUCCCAAGACCACCUAUGUACAAGGAAAGCAUCACUAUGAAUCUGGCUCUCAACGUGUCCGACUUACUCAUUGAAGGUACAAGCAUGUGGAACCAGAACUUGCUGUUUCAGACUUUUACACCAGAGGAUGUCGAGAGGAUAAUGAUGAUAAGACCAUGCGUGAAUCAGGAGGAUUCAAUACGGUGGGGAUUUACUAAGAGAGGUGAUUACCCUACUCAGAGUGGUUAUAAGUUGUUGGAAGCUUUGGUCGAUUUCAAACAUCCACAGACUAGAGCCUUACCUCUUAUUGAGAGGCAACUUUGGAGGAAUAUCUGGAAAAUUAAAGCACCACCAGAAAGCAAACACUUCAUUUGGAGAGCUCUUUCUGGUGCUCUAGCGGUAAAAGAACGCUUGAUCACUCGUGGUAUUCAGAUGAACAUGAUAGACAUCUAAUAUCAGAUGCUGACGUGGGAAAGGAAUAGAGCAAACUCUCUGGAUGGUUUGGCAGGUUUGCCGUUAGAAGAAGACUCACGAUAGAGACUGAGAUAUAAAUAGAGUUCUCCUUCUUCAUUCGUUCUUUAUGCUUUGAUGUUGCUGUAGAUUGACGCCAUGAGUCAUCUUGACCCGAUCGCCAUGAGAUGGGUGACGAAGGUGAAGCUCGCCAUGAGAGCCUAGCCGGAGUCAAGCUCAAAGCUGUUCGUUUAUCAUCUUGUAAUCUCUGUUCUAGCUUGUACUUGGUGUUGGAGUGAUCAAUAAGAAGAGUCUGAGAGUUAGAGAUAUCUAAACUCUAUCAUUGGUGCGGUGAUACUGGUUCGGAUUCAACGCGGUGCUGCGAUUGUGUGAAGGAGCGGCGAAGACGAAGUGAUCGGAUCAAACUAAGUGGUGCGACAGAGUUGACGGAGCGGUGAAGCAAUUUGAUCGGAGAGUUCGUCCUCGAUCAAUAAUACAAUUUUGUUGGUGACGAGAGUUGAUUCGUGAUUUUACAAGCAAUUGGUGUGUUGGUGAGCCGUUCGAUUGCUGCGAGGUGACGGUGAGCUCGGAUCGUGUGAUUGCGACGGUGUACUCCGAUCGAUCAGACGCAACUGUGAAAUCGGAGCGUGACGAUGAGUUCUGAGAAAGUUACGGUUUUCAGUGGCGUUUCAGGUGAUUUGCGGCCAUGGAUAGCAUAUAUGGAGUUUGGAUUCUCUCUCUUUAAAAAUUUAGAGCUUGACAAGUUAUCUUGGGCUAAGCUAUUCAUGGAUGGUACAGCCAAAGAGUAUGUUAAAAGGUUAGAGAGGAUAUCUCCUUUUAAGAGCUGGCAUGAGAUGAAAUACGCUUUGUUGUUGGUGUUUGGGGAGAAAGAUGAUCCUGAUAAAGUUAGGUUGCAAAUAGAAUCUGAGCAGAAAAUGAAGCGUUGGAUGGAUGAUUAUGAUCGGAAGAAGAAACCAUGGAGAAAGUCUGAAACGAUCCAAGAUGAUGCGAAAAUGAAGCUUACAAUACAUCAUAACGUCAAUUCUCUGGAUAUGAGUGGUUCUGCAGUAGAAGUGAAUUUGGGAGAGGAUGCAGGCUCAAACGAGAAUUCUGUUGAUGAGAUGGAAGUAGAGCAGGAGACAAACUCAUUACUUAUGGAAGAUUCUGAGGAUAAAAUUGUGACAGAAAAUACAGAAAUUGUGAUUAAGAAGGGUUCACUUUCUGUAUUUGAUCACAUAGCAGAUUUUGGAAGUGAAGUAUGAUCUACUGACCUUGUGGCGUUGAGUGAUUCUUUUACACAGUACGAACCGCAGAAGCCAAAUCCAUCAGGUACAGAAGCAACUGAGGAGAAAAUAGUUGACAAAAUUGUAGAGAUGUCUCAGACUCAGACAGAUAUGGUGCAGCAGAUGACUUUAUCAUCGGUGGAUGGAUUGUCUGUGAGUCCUAGUGGUCGUCUUGUUAAUAGUUGCUCGUCACCAGAAUUGAUGCUGAAGCAAGAUUCAUUUCCUAUUGCUGUUCAAGAAUCAAGUUCUGAGACUGUUCAAGCGGAAGAACCAAAUAAGGAGAUAGUGUUACCACCUGUGGUAGAAGUUACAGUGAGAUUGGAUGACUGUCUCGGCUGGAGUAGUUCUUCUCCAGAAAUUUUACUCAAGAAAGAUUCAUUUGGAGAGAUUGACCACGAGAUUGAGUUGCAAGACUCUGCUGAUAAUUUGGUGCUGAAUGAUUUGUCUGUGGAGAAUGAAUUGCAGGUGUCGAAUUCAUCAUCUAUGGAAGAACUCGAGGAAAAAUCUGGGGUGCAGGAGUCUUCUUUGAGGCAUCCAAGCUGCUUCCUUGACCCUGUUUUGUCUAUGAAGUUUAAAGCAACUGCAGAAAGGCCUCACUGUUGGUCAGAGUUUUUGAAGCCUGCAGUAGAGCAUGCCUAUGAUGCGUAUUAUAUUGCUCAGACUGAAGCAAUGCUGCAGAUGAAUCAGCAGUGGACUGAUGUAUCAAGGCAAGGUCGUGGAAACCAACAGAAGUGCCGCAAAACUUGGAAAUUCAAGUUAAAAAAAAGGAAGUUCUCGCAGAGAGUUCCAGGACAGCGUUUCAAAUUCACAGAAAAGAAGUUUAAGCUCAUGAGCAGAGUAGAUAUUAUGGGGGAAGAGACUAUGAAUACGAGAUGGAUGAAGGUUGCAGGUGUCUGGUUUGGGAUUUGGAGGACGUUGAUUAAUGAGGCAGCUAUACGGAAUGUCAAAUGGAACUGUUGUCUUUAUUUGCUUGUCGUGGCAUUCAACAAUAAGAAUUUGCAGGAAGGGGACAAUGCAGUGUAUAGGAGCAGACUGAGACACACACAUACAUCACGAGUGAUAUGUAAAAUGAGAUUGAUUCAACCGGUCAAGGAACUGAAACAGUUUGCUUUAAAGGAUGGCAAGUUUCAAGUGAAGCAUAAAUGGAGGUUUAAAUCUGCUUCAGUUUGGUCAAAUGGGGUCUUCUCAUGAAAGUUUUUCUAUCAUGUUAAUCAGUCCAAGCUUGUGGGCAAGCUUGUCUUUGAGGGAUGGAGUAUAUACGAGAAUAAGAGUGUGUGGGCUGAUAGAGGUUGAGGUGAUUUGGUGCGUUAGCCAACUGUGGGAAAAAGAAGUACGAAUUACACAUUAUCUGUUACAAGUUGUGAAGCAUCUACUGAAUGAUAAAAGAUGCAAGUGGUGGAUAUACAUCAAGAGUCAGUUACAACAAGUUCUCGUACAACAAAGGCAUACGUGGAAGAAGUGUCCCAAGACAUGGAUGUUCAAAUAUAAAGCUAGAAUAAAGCACACGCAAGCUCUGCCAUUACAUGUUUUGCUUAGUCUGUGGAGGUGUUCUUGCUUUGUUUGGCAUCGCUGGAGAAGUAAGGAUGAUUCCACUUGUCCUUCUGAGAUGGUUGGCGUAUAAGAGUGGCAAAAAAAAAUGUAUAGAGAUUGAAGCGGGAACGUUAAAGGCAUAUAGACUUUCUCAAUGGAGCUGCACGUCAGUUUAUGAAUGCAUAAGAUGGUGGUUUCUUUUCAUACAAGCUUGAGGGCAAGCUUGUUUUGGUUGAGGGGAGUAUUGAUAGACAUCUAAUAUCAGAUGCUGACGUGGGAAAGGAAUAGAGCAAACUCUCUGGAUGGUUUGGCAGGUUUGCCGUUAGAAGAAGACUCACGAUAGAGACUGAGAUAUAAAUAGAGUUCUCCUUCUUCAUUCGUUCUUUAUGCUUUGAUGUUGCUGUAGAUUGACGCCAUGAGUCAUCUUGACCCGAUCGCCAUGAGAUCGGUGACGAAGGUGAAGCUCGCCAUGAGAGCCUAGCCGGAGUCAAGCUCAAAGCUGUUCGUUUAUCAUCUUGUAAUCUCUGUUCUAGCUUGUACUUGGUGUUGGAGUGAUCAAUAAGAAGAGUCUGAGAGUUAGAGAUAUCUAAACUCUAUCAGAACACUACGUGACUCUGUUGUAAUCAAGCAGCUGAAAGCAUUUGCCAUGUAUUGUAUGGGUGUGACAAAGCACAUGAAGUUUGGGAACUAGCUAACGUGCCUUUUCCAACUUCGGGCUUCUCAAGGAAUUCAGUGUUCUUAAACUUUGUACGUACCUCUUAAAACGCGGAAUCUUUUCCCAUGGUUAGUUUGGGAGCUAUGGAAGGCGAGGAACGCUUUGGCGUUUGAAAAUAAAUCUAUAUCGGCUCACACCAUUGCUGCCAAAGCUUUUGAGGAAGCGUACUCUUGGCAGAACACCCUGAACCUUACUGAGAACUUUGGUGGCCUCUUGAAGAGGGGGAGUCAAAGCCUAUAGGAUGGAUAAAGCCAACCGGGGGAUAUCUGAAGUGCAAUAUAGGCUCAUCAUGGAUAAGUUCGAGGCAACCGAGUGGGGAUUCAUGGAUCUUACGUGAUGAUAAAGCUAGAACAAUCAUGCACUACACUGGGCUGUGAAACCAAUGACUGAAGCGGCUUCGAAGGUCAUAUUCCUUCAUGAGAUCCAAGACUGAAGCGGAUCUCUGGGCACUACACUGGGCUGUGAAAUGCAUGAAAAACACUCAUCAAAGAAAGUUUAUCUUCGAAGCGUCCUCUGAACAGAUACGAGAGGUUCUCUGUAACCAAGCUCAAUUUCCAGGGUUCAGAAGUAUUGUGGGGAUGAUCAAUAACCAGCUCACUAGGAUCGAGAUAUGGAGUCUUGACUAUGCAUUACCAAAACGAAACGAGGCUGCAAAUGCCAUUGCAGUGAGCGUUACGCGUGAUAGACGUCACCAGUCAAUCAUGUCACUAGUCAGUCAUACAUUGCUCACAAUGAACCGGUUUGGCUGCACCAUUUGUUAUCUUUGGAAGCUCAAUCCAACUAGGGUAAGGGGUGAAACCUAUCACCAAAGAAAUCUAUCACCAAAGAAAGAUCCUCCCAAGAUCAUAUGUUUCUCUUACCUUCUCCGGUGUCUACUGACAUCUUUUUAUCUUCUUUCCUUCUGUUAUUUGUUUCUUUUUGUUUCAUCUCAGUGUUGUGGUUAUGAGACAAUAUCGAGCUAAGCUCGCGUUGUAAGGUUAUUUUCAGUGUUAUAAAAAAAAGAAAAACAGAAAGAAGAAAGUGACUGAAUGA